AUGGGGAGGAUUUUCCAUGGACGCUUCAAAGAAUGGAAAUCUCUUGAAUUAGCCAUUCCCAGCUGCGUUUCAGUGUGCCUUGAAUGGUGGUGGUAUGAGAUCAUGAUUUUACUAUGUGGUCUUCUGUUAAAUCCGAGAGCAACAGUUGCUUCAAUGGAUUUGAUACAAACCAUCAAUAACUACAUCUUCCCAUCAUCUCUAAGCUUCAGUGUAUCAACAAGAGUUGGUAAUGAACUAGGAGCAAGCCAGCCCGCCAAAGCAAGAUUAGCCACAAUGUAGGGCUUUGCAGUCAUGCUCGGCUUUUCGGCUCUGGUUUUUGCCGUAACGGUUCGAAACAUAUGGGCUAGUAUGUAUCAAGACAAAGAAAUCAUCGCAUUAACUCAUGUUUCCAUAAUUGGGCUUUGUGAACUCGGAAACUGCCCACAAACAACAGGUUGCGGAGUUUUAAGAGGAACGGCCGGCCUAAAGUUGGAGCAAACAAACUUGGGUUGUUUUUACCUGUUGGAACUCGGUUGCCGUGUGGUUUCAUUUUAUGCAGGGUUUGAUUAGGGGCUAUGGUUAGGUCUAUUGGUUGCACAGGGCUCAGUGUUGUGA